GAACUAUUACGAUUUAUUGAUGUGGCUAUAGAGUUCUCUAAGGAGGAGUGGAAAUGUCUCAAUUCUGCUCAGAAGGCUUUGUACAGAGAUGUCAUGUUGGAGAAUUACAACAACAUGGUUUCUGUGGUCUAUUUCCUCUUCCGACACUAA